AUGACGACUCUCAAGGAGGCCAAGAAGUGGAACCAGCCAUACGAACUUCCAGAUCCAGAAGCAUUAUCGGCAUACCAAAGAGACAUCUACGGCUCUUUUGCAAAACCCAUAUUCUCCACCAAGCCAUCAGAAUGGGAACAGCUGGCCAAGGAGAAAGUCCCCGAGGCGAACUUCGGCUACGUCUAUGGCUCGGCAUCGGGCUUCAAGACUUACCAAGCGAACCUGGAUGCGUUUGACAAGUACAGGAUACGUCCACGGGUGCUUGUGAACGCGACCCGCAGAGAUUUGAGUGUGGAGCUCUUCGGGACGAAAUACAAAAGUCCCAUUCUGGCAGCUCCGGUAGGCGUGCAGAACAUCAUGCACCAGGACGCCGAGGAAGCCACUGCCAGAGCUUGCAAAAAUGUCCAAGUCCCUAUGGUUCUCUCUACAGCUGCUACAAGAACUAUCGAGGAGGUUGCAGCAGCAAACGGAGAUGGUGAUCGCUGGUAUCAAUUGUAUUGGCCAAGGCCGCAGGAAGAAGCCAUCACCGUAUCCCUGCUCAACCGAGCCAAAGCGAAUGGAUUCAAAGUUCUGGUACUAACAGUGGACACAUUUUCUCUUGCAUGGCGACCUGAAGAUCUCGACAACUCCUACUUGCCAUUCCUAUGGGGCGAUGGCUGCCAAAUCGGCCUUUCUGAUCCAGUCUUCCAGGAGCGCUAUCAAGAAAUGCUCCAAGAGGACACCAGGUCUGCGGGACAAAAACUUGCCGAGCUAUGGAGUAUCAUGAAGCGACCCGGAAAUCCGCUCACGGCAAUGCAAAUUCUGGCCAAUGCUCCUCGCAUAAGAAAAGCAAGGGCGUGGACCGAGAUUCUGAAUUCUGGCACUUAUCGGCAGUGGGAGCAUCUGGAGACGCUCAAGAAGCUGUGGGAUGGGCCGAUUGUGUUGAAAGGCAUUCAGAGUGUAGAGGACGCGCACAAAGCGAUUGAAUAUGGUAUGGACGGCAUCAUUGUCAGUAACCACGGAGGGCGACAGGUCGAUGGCGCCAUCGCAUCUCUAGAUGCCCUCGCCGAAAUUGGUGCCGAUGACAAGGUCAAGCGAUCUGGUAUCACGAUCCUCUUUGACAGCGGCAUCAGGACAGGCGCCGAUGUCCUGAAAGCCAUCGCACUCGGCGCCAAAGCCGUCCUUGUCGCUCGGCCUUAUAUGUACGGUCUUGCAAUCCGCGGCCAGGCGGGCGUUGAACAUGUCCUCAAAUGCAUCAUGGCUGAUACGGACAACAUGCUGGGCAACAUGGGCAAGCGGUCUCUGAAGGACCUGAGUAGAGAUGACCUACAGUUCAAAGCUAAUGCGGGCACAGUCAAGUCGCGAAAGGCGCGAAACGGAUCCCGAUUCUUCGAGUUCGGCUCAGAGCGCUGGGACUUGCACGGACUGGUUCAUGCUGACUUUGUUGGCGGUUGUCCCAAAGCAAGCCGAGCAGUUGACGAUGAGUACUGUGUUCAACUAAGCCACAUGCACGAAAAGUCUCUCGCGGAUUGGAUGAAGAUAUAUGAUGGCCUGACCGGCAACGCCGUGCAGACUCCAUACUCGAUCUUCGCAUACACCACACCAGCUUCGUUACGACCACUCAAGGCUGGAGUCAACUUCAACAUCCUUCCUGCAAGACGCUGGACGACCAUGGCUCAAAGUACAACACACCGUACUGACCACAAGGCACUCGUCGUUGAUUCUGUUGCGACCGAUGCGGUGCUGACGUGCUCGCUGUGCAAAAGAAUUGACGCUUCCGGUACUCUUCCAAAGCGACUCAUUGUGUGCUGUGAUGGCACUUUCAAUUCCUCGAACCAAGGCGUGGAGACCAACCCAACCAAUAUUGCCAGGCUGAGUCGAGCGAUAGCAAACGUGGGCUUUGCGGCCGAUGGCUCCAAAGUGCCACAGAUUACAUACUACCAGGCCGGUAUAGGUACCGACCAGACGGCAUCAGCUUGGACCAAGGCUAGACAAGGUGGUUUUGGGGCUGGUCUCAAUGGCAAGGUUUGCGAAGCCUACAACUACCUUGCAAACAACUAUGGACCAGGCGACGAGAUCUUUAUCUUUGGCUUUUCGCGAGGAGCCUACACUGCCAGAGUCUUGGCUAGCUUUCUUUGCCAAUUCGGCUUGCUCACGCCGGGCAUGAUGGACUAUUUCGAUGAAAUCUUCGAGGCGUACAAGACACGAAAGUCGACAGAGUACACAUUUGAGGAAAUGGCUUGGUCGCAAGGCAAAGCACAGCCAGGCGAGCUUGGCCUGGAGAUUGACAGCAAAGAAUCCAUCUCUCGCUACGAUUGCAUCAAGAAAUGGGCACAUCUACAUAUCAAGGUCAAAGCGGUCGGCGUCUUCGACACAGUGGGAUCUGUCGGCAUGUCUGGUCACGUAAUGCAACCAGGACAAGAUAUAGACUGGCACUCGACCUCCCUCCACCCAAAGAUCGAACGAGCGUUCCACGCAAUAGCUAUUGAUGAAAAUCGUGGUAACUUCCCACCCACCCUUUACUACCAAUACGACGCUACCGAGAAAGCUGGCACCAUAUUGAAGCAGUGCUGGUUCCCAGGCUACCAUGGCGACAUUGGCGGCCACAGCGAUGCUGACUGGGAGACCAACAGCGUCGAUCUCCUAACCUUUGCCUGGAUGAUCGACCAACUGACGGAAGAAAACCUCCUCCAAUUCAGCAAACACCAGCUCUACUACCCCAUCCUCAAACGCAUCCACGAAGGUCCCGAGAACCUCGCAGGCAUGCCAGCGCCACAGAGCGUCGAAGAAGCCGGCGAACGACGCAUCAAGUGGUCCGAUGGCCAUCUCAUGGAAACCAACAGCUACACCUACUACGCCACCUCCUUCAUCGCAACCCGUCGUUUCAAAUUCCUCCGCAGCCCAGGUGAAUGGAAACAAGCCAACGGCAAACCCGUCGAUCCCACGAACCUUCACGAAACGAUCCAUCCCAGCGUCUACCAUCGCACCAAGAACUCCGCAUCCCCAUACGACCCGGAAGGUCUCCCUAGGAAAGAAUGGCAAUAUCGAGUCAGGAGUGAUGGGUGUGGGGAAUGGGUGAAGAUCGUGGGAGGUGAGGAGGUUAUUUCCAUUCCUGAGUAUCGGCUCUUGCAGAUUCCGAAGCGGGAGUUUGAGAAGAGGGAUCUUUGGUCGGGGUCUUUGGAGCUGUAUUUGGCGCCGGGGGAUUUUGUUGGGGAGGAGAGGUAUCUGGAACUUAAGAGGGAUUUGUUGGCGCAGAUUGAGGAGUUGGAGGCGCAGCUUUGAAUGAAGUUGGAGAGGUAUUGGUUAUUUGAUUUUUCUACCUUGGCGUUUUGAGCGAGAUGGCGCUGUUAAAAUUGGAUAUGGAGACGGAAUUUGGAAAUUCGUGGACUUACUGCAGUAGAAGCGUCCGCAACCUACGCUAUACUUCCUUUUGUUAAUAAUAUAAGUAGCUCCUA